CCGAGUGGGAUCGCGAGUCUCUCUGCGUUGUGAGGCUCGGGGAGUGUCCAGCUGCGGAAUCGAUUGACCGCCCUGAAAUUACUCGAUGCUUCUUGGCUCAGCUCUUUCUCUUCCGAGGGGAAUGGCGGGUGUCUUUUCACUGACGACUUGAAUUGGCAGCUGUUGUCCUGCUGUCGGUCGGACAUCCCUUGUUGAUGCGCUGUGAUUUGCAGCUUUCCGUAUUACGAUCUGAGAUGUAAAAAGAUCAUGACUACGCGCUGGAAUUGAGUUGGAUAACGUAGUUUGGGACACGGGGCUCACAGCUCUCCCUGAGGGGGGGCUUCUAUCUGAGGAGCCCACCAGCUGGUUUACAAGCAGGUGGUUUGGCCAGGUCAGUGUGGUACAGUGCCAUAUGGUAGCAGGGUCACCUGGCAGGCACAGCCGAGAUGGAGCUGGCCCACAGUCUGCUGCUGAACGAGGAGGUGUGCGGCCAGCUGGGGGAUCACCAGAGGGCGGCCUUCAUUUUUGAAUGGCUAAGCUUCCUGAAGAGGCUGCUGCCAACAGCUGACAGGGUCGAGAUGAAGCAGAACCAGAAGAACCUGGUGGACCAGCUGACAAGAGUCCUGAUGGGUUCUCCAGGGCCACCAACCCGGCAGCUUCUCUCGCAGUGCUUUGCCCUGCUGUACAAGAUCGGUGAUCCCUUUUUGGCCACCAUCACGAUCGAUAAGUGCAAUGACAUCAUCCGCAGCAGGGACGACUCGCCCAGUUUCCUGCCAACCCGCCUGGCAGCCAUUGCCUGCCUGGGUGCGAUUUAUGAGCAGCUUGGCCGGUUGCUAGGUAAAACCUUUUCAACUGUGGUGGCCAACCUAAUGAAGACCCUGAAGAGUGCUGAGUCCCAGGGAAGGUAUGAGAUCAUGCUGAGCAUCGAGAAGAUCCUGCGGGGACUUGGGCCCAGCGCACUGCCAUGCCACAGAGACGUGUACAAGGUGGCACGCAUCUGCCUGACAGACCGUGCCAUGCCGGUGCGCUGUGCUGCAGCUAAGUGCCUGCUCGAGCUGCAGAGGGAGGCAGUGUUUUUGUGGACCUCGGAGCUGGAGAAUAUGGCCAACAUAUGCUUUCGGGCCUUUGAAGGCUCCAACUAUGAUGUGCGUGUGAUAGUGUCCAAGCUGCUGGGAACCAUCCUGGCUACGGCGCUCAUGGCCAAGCAGGGCACAGCUCCCAGGCAGGGCCCGUGGCGCAGCUCCCUGGAGGAGGUGAUGGCGCUCCUGUGGGGCGGUUUCCUGCGUGGCGGUGGCGGCGGCAGCUUUCUGCGGGCCAGCGGGGACAUGCUGAAAAGGGGCAGCUCCGUGAGCAGGGACGUGCGGGUGGGCAUCACACAAGCCUGUGUGGUGUUCAUUUCCUGCCUUGGUAGCAAGUGGUUGGAGUAUAACUUUAUGACUCUGCUGGCUCUGGUUCUGGAGUUGGUAUCAUACCCGCGGGUCAUUCAGAACCCGGCCGAGGCCGCCUGCUGCCGCUGCUGCAUCUCUUUCAUCCUACGGGCCACUGUAGGGAGGCUGUUGGGGGAGAGGUCCCAAGUCCUGGCUGCCAAGGAGAUUUGUCGGGUCAUAGCCAAGCAGAAGAUGGCCGUAGAUGCGACCUUGAGUGACAGCAACAUGGAGAACCGUUUGAGUGCUACAGAUGUGGCGGUGAGCCAGCACAUUCUGGUCUGUACCCUGCAAGAACUGGGCAGCUUGAUCCUGGGCCUGGGCUCUACUGCUGAGUCGCUGCUUCAGGACCCCAGUGCAGGGCUGCUGGACGCGGUGACAUCAGUGCUGCUGGACCCCAGUGCGGUGGCACGGCUGACAGCUGCCUGGUGCCUGCGCUGUGUUUCUGUGGCUGUGCCAGCUCAAGCCGCUGGGCUCAUGGACCGCUGCCUAGAGCGCCUUACUGCCCUCAAGUCCUGUCCAGAGGCUGUAGCUGGGUACAGUGCUGCUAUUGCUGCACUGCUGGGAGCAGUACAACAUUGCCCCCUGGGAAUUCCCCAUGCAAAAGGCAAGGUAGUUCUUGGCUUGGCAGAAGACCUCCUGCGCUCGGCCUCCCAGAACAGUCGUUUAGCGCUCCAGCGUACCCAGGGUGGUUGGCUACUCCUCUCUGCACUGAUGACUCUGGGUCCGGCUGUGAUGGUGCACCAUCUCCCCAGAGUUCUGCUGCUUUGGAAGUGCACCUUUCCCCUGUCCAUCCAAGAGCUCCACUCUGAAUGUGGCCGUGGAGAUGCUUUCACCUGGCAGGUGAUGCUGGAAGGACGAGCUGGAGCACUUUGCGCCAUGAAGAGCUUCUUCCUUCACUGCAGGGACCUAAUGAAUGAUGAGGUCAUUGGUCGCCUCCUUGCCCCCUUGACCUGUGCUAUUGCUCUGCUGACUCAGCUCCCAGCUCUGAUUAAGUGCUAUGGUACCCAAGUAAAGAAUGCCUCAGUUAUGUUCAGACUGAGGAUCUAUGAGGUCCUGUCUCUUUUGCCUCCUAAAAGCUAUGAAGAGAGCUUUGGCAUUUUGAUGAAGCAGCUGCUGAGUGACCUGACCGGCUUAGAGAGCCCAGAGUGCACAGGGCUGACGCUGCUGCUGUCAUUCUGUCACACCAGUGACGCACCCCUGCUGGGCCUGGCCACGUCUGACACUGACCAUCUCUUCAUAGAGGAGCAGCUACACAGUGGCAGUGGUGCUGGAGCAGGCAGCCUGGAGCAUGACCCUUUCACCAUCCACCAGCUGCCCCUGGAUGUCCCCCUGCCAUUACCCCCGUCGUGCUGUCUCAGUCAGGCGACGGUGCAGCUUUUCGGCCUCCUUUUUCCCCACAUGGCUGGUGCCCAAAGCACCCAGAUUCUGGAUCAGUUCUCGAACUCCCUCAGACAACUGAAGGCAUCUCGCCAGCAGAAUGCACACAUUCACAUGGCAUCUGCUCUGUGCUGUGGCCUGAAGUGUCUGGGCUCCGGGCAUAGAGGGUUGCUACCAGAGGAUGUCCGCAAACCGGCCCUGAGACUCCUACUGGGGGCGCUAGAGAGUGGCAGUGAGCCUCUGCGCUGUGCAGCUGCCGAGGGACUGGCCAGGCUGGUGCAGGCUGCUGAUGAUGCGGCCUUCACUGUGUCUGUAACGCAGAUCAACUUCGACAAACUGAAGUUGGUGAGGGAUGCGGCAUCACGUUCGGGCCACGCGUUGGCGUUGGGCACCCUGUAUCGCUACAUGGGGGGGAUCAGCUCCCCCCAGCACCUGAAUGCCUGUGUGGGGAUCCUCUUUACACUCUCUCAGGACAGCACCGCACCUGAGGUUCAGGUAUGGGCUCUGCAUUCCCUCUCCUUGCUCAUUGACUGUGCUGGCGCAAUGAGCCAUGCCCACGUGAAGCCUACAUUCAGCCUGGUGCUGCGGCUGCUGCUGACAGUGCCCUCAGCCCAGGUGGAGGUCCUGCAAAGCCUGGGACGCUGUCUCAAUGCUCUCAUCACCACUCUGGGGCCUGACUUGCAAGCUGAAGGUCCCUUCCGAAGCUUGUGCCUUAUGGGCUGCGCUGUCAUGCAGGACAGCUCCGACUGCUUGCUGCAGGCCCAGGCCAUCUCCUGUCUGCAGCAGCUGCACAUGUUCGCCCCGCGCUACGUCGACCUCAGCAGCUUGGUGCCCUGCCUCUGUGGCAUCUUGUUGGAUUAUUCUGUAUUGGCAAACCUUUGCAGUUCCUACCUCUCCCUCCGGAGGGCAGUGGUGGCCUGCCUCAGGCAGUUGGCUCAGCGGGAGGCUGUGGAGGUGUCUGAGCAUGCAGUGACCCUGGUCAAGGAUCUCCCACGCAGGGAUAAUAGUUUAUUGGAUAUCACUAUAAAGGAGAUCGGCCUGGAGGGGGCACUGUUUAGCCUGUUGGACCGGGAGUCAGAUCUACAGCUGUGCCAGGAUCUCCGAGAGACACUGAGUCACAUGCUGGGUUCCAUGGCCAUGGCAAAGCUGUCCCACUGGCUCAAGCUGUGCAAGGAUGUCUUGUCAGCUUCUGCUGCAGAGACUGCCACAGCAGCUGCUGUGGAGACAUACCAGGAAGAGGAGGGAGGGGACCGUGCCGACGAUGAUUCCAUCUAUACCUGCAUGGCAGAGUCCGGCAGCCCUUUCAGCCACCCACGCUGGUCCACACGCGUUUUUGCCACCGAGUGUGUGUGCCGCAUCAUCGCGCAGUGUGAGAGUGGCGACCCUGCCCAUUUCGACAUGGCCCUGGCUCAGGAGCGCCGCCUGCAGGAAUCUGCCGCAGACUUUCUAGUCCUGCAUCUUGCCGACUUGAUACGAAUGGCUUUUAUGGCUGCCACCGACCCCAGCAAGCCGCUCCGGAUCUCAGGCCUCCAGAUGCUCCUCGUCAUCAUUCACAAGUUUGCUGCUCUCCCUGAGCCCGAGUUUCCGGGUCAUGUCCUCCUGGAGCAGUACCAGGCUAAUGUCGGUGCAGCACUGAGACCAGCCUUUACAGCCGACACCCCCCCUGAUGUCACCGCCAAGGCUUGUCAGGUGUGCAGCGCGUGGAUUGCCAGUGGUGUGGUCAGUGAUUUAGUAGACUUGCGGCGGGUACACAUCCUGCUCACCUCAUCGCUGGGCAAAGUACAGGCGGUAAAGGAGGUACAGAGCCAGCUGUACAAUGAGAGCACCAUCACCAUGGAGUCUCUGGCAGUGCUGAAGGCUUGGGCAGAGGUAUAUAUAGUAGCAGCUCAGAGUCCUAAGCAGGAUGAGAAGCCGGCUUGGCUCCUGCAACCUUCUGACCCCAGUGCUCAGCCACCAGUGAACCCAGCAGGGAAUGGGCUGCUGAGGCUGGUGCAAGCCGACCUGAGCACGCUGAGCCGGCUAUGGCUCGCUGCCCUCCAGGACCAUGCCCUCCUGAACCUGCCCCAUGAAUAUGCAGUGCAGCUCCCGGCCACAGGAGGCACGUUUUACACAGCGGAGACGGCCGAGCAGGCCAGGCGGCAUUACAGCAGCUCCUGGGCGGCGAUUCUCCAUGCCACAGCACUCUGGCUGAACAGCAUGGGCUUCAUUGUGCUGGAUGAGGGCCCUGCAAACCUGUCCCGACCUGUUACCCCAACCUCAAUGGGCCAGUCCACCUCGCUGGCUAGCAUUAGGUCUCCCGAGGACAUCAAUGCUGAGCGCUUCUACCUGAUCCUGGGAAUCAGCAUGGAGUUUCUGUGCUCACCUCAUUCUGACUCCCAAAUGGAGAAUAUUACUUACUGUUUGCACACCCUGCAUGCCCUCUUUGAUGUACCCUGGCCAAGGUCCAAAAUUGGAAAUGAUCAGAAAUGGCCCUGGACCAACCGAAGCAGCUGACCUGGAGGAAGGUGAGCAGAGGACCGGGGAGCGGUGUGACUAAUAAGAGGCAGGACAUCGAUUACAAAGAAAACUUUCAAGAGGACAUCAUUUACGCCUUUGUGAAAUUGAGGUUUACCCACUCGGUUCUUGUUACUUAAAACUAUUAUAUUCGGUUUAUGGUGCAUAAUAAGUAAAUAAGUAAGGUUUCUUGCGAGUAUUUUCUGCAGUGGAGCCUUAGCCAUCAAGGGCCUCCUUCACCGACUGAUGAGGAAGCUGACCUUAGCGGCGAAACAGGGUCUACCUCUGAGACCCCUACCUUGGAAGUUAAGACCUCAGUUUGAUUUUUGUUUCUUUGAUGGUAACUUGUUCAUAUGUUCGAUGUUCAGUGUUUACCAGGGUGAGCGGGGAGCCCAUUAAACUGUGCAUAAUAACUAUAGAGACUACAAUUUAUAUGAGUAGCAGAUUAAUGAUACUGGUAUCAAUCAACAUUAAUGGCUUAAGUAAUCCGGUGAAAAGGUGAGAUGAGAUGAGAACCCUUUAUUGCUGUUGCAAUACACCAUGUCACUAGUCACAAGUACCAGCGAAAAAACUGGCCAUCAACCCAACCAUACAUAUACACAAACAUCACAGUAGGGGGUAGACAAGGUCAGGAGACAGGAGCAACUGGUGAAAAGGUGAAAGCCCUAUCUAAAUUUAAAAGAGACAUAGCCCUAAUUCUUUUAAUGCAGGAAACACAUCUAGCUGAUAAUGAGCAUGCAAAAUUGAACAGGCUGGGUUUUAAACAUGUCCUUUAUUCUUCCCACAGUUUGGGGAGGCGAAGAGGGGUGGCGAUCUUAAUAUCUCUAGACUAUGAACAUAUAUCAGAAAAUAAAGACAAGGAAGGUAUAUAUAUAAUGAUAACGGGUAAGAUUGAUGGUACCUUGACCAAUCUGUUAAACGUGUAUGUUCCCCCAGGCAGCGAUUGGUCCCUGUAUAAGCAGAUCUUAGAAUUAGCAACAACAAGGAGCCAGGGAACUUUUAUAUAUGGUGGUGACUUUAAUAUCACAUUAAACGCUACAUUGGAUGUACAUGAAAAGGAGAAACAGGAACAGGAAAGGAGAAACAUAGGAAAAAGCAUGGUACAUCUUAUGGGUGAUUUAGCAUUGGUUGAUGUAUGGAGAGAUUACCAUCCAACAGAUAGAGAAUACACCCACUUCUCAUAUCCACACAAUGUAUAUUCUAGACUAGACUAUAUCUUCAUGUUUAAGAAUGAUUUAUUUUGGCUCAAAAGCUUUGAAAUAGGUCCCUGCAUUAUUUCAGACCACAACCCAGUUUAUGCCGAUAUCUGCUUGAACAGGAAGAAUAGAUCUACCAUAUGGAGGUUGAACACAAACAUUCUAAAUUACCCAAAUAUUAAAGAGGAUUUGAAAAAAGAAAUAGAAACUUACUUAGAUCUUAACGAGAAUGAGGAGUUGACACCAGGAAUAUUUUGGGACCCACUGAAGGCAGUGAUUAGAGGGAAAAUAAUUAGUAUUUCCUCCCACUUGAAAAAAUUAAGUUGGCCAAAAACACCCAUUACUUAGAAGAUAAAUUGUUAAAUCUGCAACUCCAACACUCCUUGAUUCUGAACAAUGAUAUUACAUCUGAUAUAACAAAAUUCAAAAAAGAAAUGUAUAACCUACACACUAUGUACAUACAGAAAAAAAGCUUUUUAUCAAGCAACAGCACUGUGAAAUAGGGGGGAAAUCACUAAAACGUCUUUCUUAUAAACUCAGGAAGCAACAAGCAGACAGUAUUAUACACAGAAUAAAGAAUCCUUUUAAUGGCCAAAUAUAAACUGAACAGGGGAGAAUUCAACAAUGCUUUCUACAGAAAUCUUUAUUCUCAACCUCAUGUAGACAAUAAUCAGGAUGUGAAUACCUUCUUGUCUGAACUAGUUACCAACAGUGACAGAGGAACAAAAUAAAAUGCCAUCCAUAAAAACCAAAGAAGAAAUUCACUCAGCAAUUAAAAGACUAAAGGGAGGGAAAAUGGCAAGGGCAGAUGGAUUUGGCCCAGAAUAGUACAAAAUAAUGCAAGAUUGAAAGCACUUAAUUUGGUAAUGGAAAAGAAAAUUGUCCCUCCAUGGAGGGAAGCAAUAAUCUCUAUCAUUUCAAAAAAGGAAAGGAUGGAUUAGAAUGUAGUGACUAUCAUCCAAUUAGUGUACUACUGUAAAUAUUCAUUAUACGCUGUUCACCUCCAUCAUUUCAAAGAGACUAGAAACAAUCCUACCUGGGUUAAUACAUUAGGAUAAAACGGGUUUCAUGAAACAGAGACAAACUGAGGACAACAUCAGGAGGGUUCUACACCUAAUGAGGCAGGUUGAUAAACAAAAAUUAGAGACCCUAGUGUUAAGUCUAUAUGCCAAAAAGGCAUUUGAUUCAGUGAGGUGGUCCUUUUUAUAUAAAAUGCUUUUAGGUUUUUGUUUUCAUAAAUCUAUAAUUGACACUAUUUCAGGUUUAUAUAAUAAACCAUAUAUGUGAGAUACAAUGGAGCACAACAGGAUCGAAUGUCUGGCGUGAAUUUUGCUGGAAAAGCAUAAUGAGAUUUUUCAUUACCCCUGUCCAGAAAAGGUAUCGGGGAAUUGGGGAUGCUUGUUGGAGAUGUGGGGGCAACAUGGUGGUGCAGUGGUUAGCACUGUUGCCUCUGGGACCUGGGUUUAAGUCUCUGCCUGGGUCACAUGUGUGCGGAGUUUGCAUGUUCUCCCUAUGUCGUCGUGGGGUUUCCUCCGGGUACUCGGGUUUCCCCCCACAGUCCAAAAACAUGCUGAGGCUAAUUGGAGUUGCUAAAUCGCCCGUAGGUGUGCAUGUGUGAGUGAAUGGUGUGUGAGUGUGCCCUGCGAUGGGCUGGCCCCCUCAUCCUGGGUUGUUCCCUGCCUCAUGCCCAUUGCUUCCGGGAUAGGCUCCAGACCCCCCACGACCCAGUAGGAUAAGCGGUUUGGAAGAUGGAUGGAUGUUGGAGAUGUGGGGGAGAUGAUGCCAAUCAUUUUCAUAUUUUUUGGUAUUACCAAGCCAUUCAUCAGUACUGGUCUCAAAUCCAUGAACAUGUACAGAAUGUCUUCUGUCAUGUACAGAAUGUCAUUUGUUUUUCCUUUAACCUUUGAAACCAUAUUUCUGUGUAACAUGCUGGUGGAUAAAUUGAACCCUAAUGAUAAAAAAACCUUUGUACAUAUUACUGGCUGCGAGUAAAAAGGCCCUCACGAGGAGAUGCCUCAAACCUGAACCACCAACAACUGAGGACUGGAUAAAUGUGGUGCAAGGAAUUUAUACAAUAGAAAAACUGUCUUUCUCUCUUAAAGUGCAGAGGGAUACCGUUUACAAAAUAUGGACUAAGUGGAUGGAAUUUGUUAAGCCUGUUAGGUCUGAUUUUCUAUAAAUCAUGCUGCUCUGUAUGUUGGUGCACUAAUUUGAACCCUCAUCUCAAUGAUGUGAUUGUAAUCUGGCUGCCCCGCCUCCCCCACCCAAGUACCAACAUUUUAAUUUUUUCCCAGAAAGGUUCAAAUGUGAAAGCAAAAGCAAUGUCAACAGUCAUGUUACUGUAAUAUAUUAUGUGCUUUCUCAAUAAAAGUUAAUGUAAAAAAAUACAAAGAAGUAUAAAAAUGCAAAAUAUACACGUAUGUGACAGUACACACGUGUAUUAUAUAUUAUCAUUCAGAUAUUACAUUUUUAAGUAUAUGAUUAUUAUGUGUUACAAAUGAAUAGCUUGGCAAACGAUUCUCCCUUUGAGUCAACAAAUUUAUGCUGUGAACAGCAAUAUUUCCUAAUGUUUUUGUUUUGUGAGGUGCCUCUUUUGAAAGCCUAUUUAUUUAUUAAAAUGUGUAUGUAAAUGUCCAAAUUACCAUACAAGUGUAAUGUGCAAUAAAAGGAAAUAGGUGCAGUUUCAGAGUUACAUGUCACACCUAGGACUUUUGGGUAAAAGCACAUUUAUUGGCUUUCAUAUGUCCAGUUCAUCUGUCCAGUACUUUCGAUCUGUCCAAUACUCUGAGGGGAGUAGGGAUUAUAUAGGAGGAGCAAGUCAUGGGGCUGUCCAGGGAAUACAAUGCUGUCAUUUCAACAGCCCCCCUUUAUAGUUAAAUUAAAUAAAAAAAUUAUCUAAUCUUUUGCAAAGACCAGCAGACUGGCUGGCAGUGGGGUUUUAUUAUGUAAAUUUUUUGCACUAUUAAUAUUUUCUGUAUUGUUAAAAUGUAAGGAUCAGACCAUUUGCAGACAUUAGUUCAUAAGGUGGCAGAUUAAUUUAUUAAUUAAAACCCACCAAGUAUUUUGAUGAGAACAGCAGACUAACUGGGCCAAGCAACAUCAGUUGUAGGGCAAAUAGGUCACAUGAAAAAUCCACUGCAGAGAAAGCCUUUUUUUAUGCAUAGGUGUAAUACUCUCCAGUCGCCACCAGGGAUGAACAUGAUUAGCCAUUUACACUUCCACGUCACCCUUCAAUCUUUGGGUGUAGGUUAUUUUUCAACAUCGGUAAGGACCAAAUCAGUUACGAAUCCCCCACCCCUCUAAAUGCACACAGUGCUCACAUACAAUUGGUAGGGACAUGUCUCUACCACCCAUACCUAAAUCUACGCCAUUGCAUGAAUCAGAGUGAGUAAGCAAACUUACAGAGCUAACAAGCAAUGAAAACAGGCAGUUGCAGGAUAGUAAAACAUUGGAACGUGUGACUCCAGUUCAUUACAAAUCACACCCUACAGCCAACUAAAGUGCAAACCAUGCCCAGUAAUUAUGAUAAACCUCAAGAUUGAUUUAAUUGGCUGACAGUAAUAGAGCAGUGGUCUGAACUGUAGCGGGAUGUUGUUGCUUCAAAGUUGUGAGAUCACUGAGAGAAAAAAUACUAAUAAAACCAACAUUGAUUUAUUCAGUGAACCAAUUCUAAAGGCAGUUUACCUUGAUUAUCAACGGCAUAGGAGUGUUUGAUAUUGGAGGGGACACAAAUGCAAAAUGCAAAGGUUUAUU